AUGGCGGAAUCUAACCUCAAUCUGGAGCAGCAUCAGCCGGGAAACGGCUUGCCAGGUGGUCCACUACCGCCAGGAGUAAACCCACAACAUCCGGGAAUGCAGCAAAAUCAUCAGCGGCAUUCAGCUCCAUUUUUCAACGGUCCACCAUCAGCGCAGCAAUCUUCAAGUACCAGUUCGUCUUCCGCCGAAGCAUCCUAUCAGCUCUUUCAGCAGCUAAUGCAGCAGCAACAGGUAUUCAUGCAGCAGCAGCAACAACAGUUAAUGCAGCAGCAGCAAGAUUUCUUCCGGAGUGUCAUCUCAUCAAUCAGUAUUCAGGUCCCCCCAAACCCUGAAAUGAUUCUCGAUUCACUAGCAAACAAUAUCAAAGAGUUUCGCUACGAUCCGGAUGGAAACAUAACCUUCGCUGCAUGGUACGGCAGAUACGAUGAUUUGUUCGAGCAAGAUGCUGCACGGCUGGACGAUGAAGCGAAAGUCCGCUUGCUCAUGCGAAAACUCGGAUCAUCUGAGCACGAAAGAUAUGUGAGUUACAUCCUGCCGAAAUUGCCGAAGGACUACAAAUUUGCUGAUACAGUUGAAAAACUAAAAAUCCUUUUCGGCGCUGCAGAGUCCGUCAUCAGUAAACGGUAUCGGUGUUUGCAGGUUACCAAACAACCGACCGACGAUUACGUCACAUAUGCUUGCCGAAUCAACAAGACCUGCGUUGAAUUCGAGCUAAGCAAACUUACCGAGGAGCAGUUCAAAUGUCUUAUGUUUGUUUGCGGUUUAAAGUCGGAAGGAGACAGCGAAAUACGAACGCGGCUACUGUCGAAAAUUGAGGAACGCGAUGACAUCACUCUCGAUCAUCUUUCGGAAGACUGUCAGCGAUUGUUGUGCCUAAAGCGGGACACGGCAAUGAUCGAGUCAUCAGCACCACCGUCAUCGGUGAAUUUCAUCAAGCGAAAACAAUUUUCAAAGCAUCAACAUAAACCGCCAGUGGAGACAGCUCGACCCGACAAAAACAUUCCCUCAACGCCCUGCUGGUUCUGUGGAGGAAUGCAUUUCGUUCGAGACUGCACUCAUAGGAGCCACAAAUGCAAAGAUUGUGGUAUUGUCGGACACCGUGAGGGUUAUUGUUCCACUGCCAAACGAACAUCCAAAGCCAGUCGAAACAAAAAGCACCCGGGAUCGUAUGCUACAAAACGCGUAAGUCUUGUGAUUAAUACCGUCGAUAAAAGGCGCCGUUUUGUUACUGUGAUGUUGAACGGUGUAAAUGUGCGUCUGCAGUUGGACACGGGGUCUGACAUAAGCAUAAUUUCGAAACGGUUGUGGGAGAAAAUAGGUAAACCACCCACAGUGCCGGCAAACGAACAAGCCGCAACAGCGUCAGGCGACCGCUUGCAGUUUUUGUUUAAGUUCAGUUGUGACAUUUCUUUCAAUGGCAAACAACAUACCGGUCAGUUUUACGUUGUUGAAAAACCACUUUACCUUCUUGGCAUCGAUUUGAUGGAUGCAUUCGAUCUCUGGUCACUGCCCAUUAGCACGUACUGCAACAACGUCACUGUUCCUUCUGUCACUUUGCAGUCACUCAAAUCAGCAUACCCGAGGGUGUUUAGGAGCGAGCUGGGGUUGUGUACGAAAACAAAAGUGAAAUUGGAACUAAUACCAGGUGCAACUCCAGUUUUUCGUGCAAAGCGUCCAGUGGCUUAUGCGGUACAUAGCAGUGUGGAUAACGAACUCGACCGACUGGAAAGAGCAAAAAUCAUCACACCGGUAGACUUUUCGGAUUGGGCAGCUCCCAUCGUCGUCGUCCGAAAAACGAACGGAUCUAUUCGUAUCUGCGGUGACUAUUCCACCGGUCUCAACAAUGCCCUGCAACCGCAUCAAUAUCCGUUGCCGCUACCGGAAGAAAUUUUCAACAAAUUGGCUAAUUGCACAGUGUUUAGCCGAAUUGAUCUGUCGGAUGCAUUUCUGCAGGUAGAAGUGGACGAAAGCAGCCGUGAAUUGUUAACCAUCAACACCCAUCGGGGACUUUACCGGUACAACCGUCUGACACCGGGAGUCAAAGCAGCACCGGGAGCAUUCCAGCAACUUAUCGAUACUAUGCUGGCAGGCCUCCCUCAUACGUGUGGCUAUCUAGAUGACGUCGUCGUUGGUGGUGUAAAUCCUGAAAAUCACUGGGCGAACCUUCAUGCAGUGUUUCAAAGGAUCAGCGAUUUUGGUUUUACCAUUCGUGUAGAAAAGUGCAUAUUCGCUCAGCCGCAAAUUAAAUAUGUAGGUCAUCUGCUUGACCGCAACGGUCUUCGCCCGGAUCCAUCAAAGGUUCAAGCCAUCAACGAAAUGCCACCGCCCACUGACGUUUCCGGUGUUCGUUCUUUCCUAGGAGCAAUAAAUUACUACGGCAAGUUUGUUCCUAGUAUGCGCACCCUUCGGUAUCCUCUUGAUGAGCUGCUCAAGGCGGAUGCAAAAUUUGAGUGGACGGAAAAAUGCCAGGCGGCAUUUAACAAAUUUAAAGAGGUGUUGAAAUCCGAUCUACUGUUGACUCACUACAACCCUGCGCUUGAUAUAGUUGUGUCGGCAGAUGCGUCGUCUGUUGGUGUCGGUGCAACAUUAUCACACAAGUUUCCGGACGGUACUCUCAAGGUGGUACAGCAUGCCUCCAGAGCACUCACAGCAGCAGAGAAAAACUAUAGUCAGCCCGAUCGUGAAGGACUUGCAAUAAUUUUCGCAGUGACUAAAUUUCACAAAAUGUUGUUUGGUCGUCGCUUUCAUCUUCAGACUGAUCACGAACCGCUGCUGAGGAUUUUCGGUUCGAAGAAAGGAAUUCCUGUUUACACAUCGAACCGGUUACAACGUUGGGCUCUUACGCUAUUGCUUUAUGAGUUCACCAUCGAGUACGUCCCGACAGCGAAAUUCGGCAAUGCUGACAUACUUUCCCGUCUGAUCAACCAGCACGUCAGACCUGAGGAAGAUUACGUGAUUGCUUCGGUCUCUUUGGAGAAUGACUUAAGGUCAGUUACACAAGAUACACUAACCGUUCUCCCUCUGAGUUUUAGAAUCGUACAACAGUCUACACAGUCCGAUCCUAUCACCAAAGCAGUUUAUCGAUACCUGAUUGACGGUUGGCCUGAGACCGUUACUGAUGCAGAGCUCAAGCGGUUUUAUGCACGACGUGAGUCACUUACCACGGUACAAGGCUGCAUACUAUUUGGCGAUCGACUUGUUAUUCCUUCGUCC